AUGGGACAAACACCAGAACAUGACGAUUGGAUUUCUGCCAGUGCUCUGAGCGGCUCACAACCAUUUUACUCGGCCCACUACGAUACCAUCGCCAGAGUCAAAUGUUCCGAGGAUUAUGCCAAGAGUGCUCGAGCAGAAAGAGAUUUAGCCGAACGCAAGUGCGAGGAGAUCCAACUCGUCGCUAUCGCAGAGAAGGAGCAUCUGCAAAAGGCACUUGAGUACGCCAACGACGAGAGAGCUUUAGCAAAAGAAGACCUUGAGAGCAUGAGGUUUCUCAGAGAUCAAGACAAAGAAGAUCUAGAGAGUUUGAGGUCUUCCAGAGACAAGAUAUUGCAGGACCUCUCGGAGGCGAAAGCGCAACUCGCCGCGAUCGAGUCGCAGAAGACCGACCCUGCUUCUUGUCAAACAUGUCGCUAUGUUGUCGACGAAAACCUCAGAGUUCUGUUCAAGAACGAAGACCUGGAGGCUCAGCUCGAGCAGUCCGCUCGUGAUACCGAGAAAGCUCAGCAGUCGAUCGCUGGAGGUGACAAUAUCUUUGCUGUUAUUAACAAAGUAAUUGCUAAGCAGAAGACAGAGAUCGCUGAGCACAAGGCAGAGAUUGCUCGUCUGAACACCAGGGUUGCUGAGCUCCAAGUGUCACAGCCCUUGCCUGACAGUACUGAAGAGAAGGAGCGGGCUCUUGAAGAAUCGAUCGAGCACUCGGAAGCUGCCGGGCACUGUAUGUGUGACUGUCCACUUGUCAUGCGCAUUACAGUGUGGGUGAGUGGAGCGAGCGGGAAAGACACCGAAUUUGCCCUCGUCAAGAUGGAUCCAGACACAUCAUUCAAGGCAGUGCUGAAGGACUUGCGUCGUCAUCAUCCACUCAAGGCUUUGAGACAAAAGUCCACUGGGAGAUGGAUCUUCGACUCUGAUACUCCCACUGAUGUAAGUAUCUUAUUGUCUUUUCGCAGUCCAUGUUUGUGUGCUGACGAUCUCAAGUUGGCGAUGAAAGACGAAGAGAAAUUAAAUUUCAUCCAAGAAUGUGGAGAGCCAUUGUACAUGUUAGAUGCUACCACGGAUGGUGCAAAGUGUUGGAGAGGUAAGAACAGCAGGAUUUGA